AAACCAACCAGCUACAGGCUCGAGCGGACCGGAGGAGACCGCAGUUUGGGGACCGCCAAGGUCACCCCAGACACCCCUCACUGGCCUGGCAGGAGCCCCCUGCUCUGCCUCCAACCUCCCAUGGCUGAUGAGAGCAGCGAGGCGGCUGGGGAACCGAGCCCCGCCCCUGCCCCGGUCAGACGUCGCUCCUCUGCCAACUACCGGGCUUAUGCCACCGAGCCCCACGCCAAGAAAAAGUCUAAGAUCUCCGCUUCAAGGAAACUGCAGCUGAAGAUGCUGAUGCUGCAGAUUGCCAAGCAGGAGCUGGAGCGGGAAGCGGAGGAGCGGCGCGGGGAGAAGGGCCGUGCCCUCAGCACCCGAUGCCAGCCUCUGGAGCUGACCGGGCUGGGCUUCGAGGAGCUGCAGGAGCUAUGCCGGAAGCUCCACACCCGGGUGGACAAGGUGGAUGAGGAGAGAUAUGAUGUGGAGGCAAAAGUUACCAAGAACAUCACGGAGAUUGCAGACCUGACCCAGAAGAUCUUUGACCUCCGUGGCAAGUUUAAGCGGCCCACCCUGAGGAGGGUGCGGAUCUCGGCAGAUGCUAUGAUGCAGGCACUGCUGGGCACCCGGGCCAAGGAGACCUUGGACCUGCGGGCUCACCUGAAGCAGGUGAAAAAGGAGGACACUGAGAAGGAAAACCGGGAGGUGGGCGACUGGCGGAAGAACAUUGAUGCGCUGAGCGGAAUGGAGGGCCGCAAGAAAAAGUUUGAGGGCUGAGCCCGCCAGGGCCACCUAGGCCCUGGGAAUGUCCCCGAGGAAUAAAGUCUCUCUCAGAGC